AAAAGCGGCCCCGCGCCCGCCCAGCCUCCGCCGCCGCCGCCGCUCCGCCGCCGGCCAUGGCUAAGGACCAGUUGAAGCCGCGGCUGUGCCGAAUGCUCAAGGGGGAGAGCGGCUACGGCUUCCACCUGCACGGCGAGAAGGGCAAGAGCGGCCAGUUCAUCCGCAAAGUGGAGCCCGGCUCGCCCGCCGAGGCGGCGGGGCUGCGCGCCGGGGACCGCGUCGUCGAGGUGAACGGGCUCAACGUGGAGCAGGAGACGCAUCACCAGGUCGUGCAGCGCAUCAAGGCCGUGGAGACGGAGACGCGCUUGCUGGUGGUGGACAAGGAGACGGACGAGUACCUGUGCAGCCUGCGGCUCACCUGCACGGAGGACAUGGUGCACAAUGGGAUCCUGCUCAGCUCUGCCGUGCCACCUGCCAAGGCCCUGGCCAGCGACAAUGGGGAGGUCUGGAAGCCUCAGCUGGAUCUCAGCGGGGGCAGCCUCCAGAGGAAUUCCCACAGCUUCUCCUCACAUGGCAGUAGGAAGGAUUUAAAUGGACAGAAGGAGCUGUGCCCACGUCUCUGCCACCUGAAGAAAGGCCCCAAUGGCUACGGUUUCAACCUGCACAGCGAGAAGUCCCGGCCGGGGCAGUUCAUCCGCUCUGUGGAUCCCGACUCACCGGCUUCCCGGGCGGGGCUGCGGCCCCAGGACCGGCUGGUGGAGGUGAACGGGAUAAACGUGGAGGGCCUGCGGCACUCGGAGGUGGUGUCCCACAUCAAAUCCAGGGAGAGCGAAGCCAGGCUCCUGGUGGUGGACCCCGAAACAGAUGAGUACUUCAAGAAGCUGGGGGUGACCCCCACGGAGGAGCACACCAAAGGUGUGGUACCCCAGCCCAUGACAAAUGGAUCUGCACAGACUCAGCUGAAUGGAGGAUCCACAUCUUCAUCUCACAGUGACCUGCAGAGUCCUGGGAAGGAAUCAGAGGAUGGAGACACGGACAAGAAGGACCCUUUUGAGGAGAGUGGGCUGAGCCUGAGCCCGACGGCUGCUGAGGCCAAGGAGAAGGUGAGGGCCAAGCGUGUGAAGAAGCGAGCGCCGCAGAUGGACUGGAACAAGAAACGGGAGAUUUUCAGCAAUUUCUGAGCCCUGCUGGUGGCCGCCGUCCGCUCUCCUCCCGCCCCAGCUUGGACGUUUCUGAGGUGCCUACGCCCUGUCCUUCGGUGUCCACGUGAGAUGCUUUGUGCUCUGCUCUUCACUGGUUGCUUUUACAAGGCGUAUUUUAAAGUCCUUUUUAUUUUUAUUUUUUAUUAUUAUUGUUAUUAUUAUUAUUAUUAUUAUUAUUGUUACUCACCAGCGAUUCUCAUAAGACAAAUGUGACCAAAGCUCCUUUUCUUGCUUGCUCUUGAGCCUGGCUCCAGCUGCCCACCGUCCCCUGUUCCCGUGAGAAAAGACUGGAAGAAUUUUAACUCUUGUUUCUUAACUGCAUCGUUUAGGCUUCUGUUACUUCUUUUUUACUUUUUAUGUGGGGUGUUUGGGCUUUGUGGGUGUCCCAGACUGAGCCCCGUGGGAUGCUCUGUGCCCCUGUGGAAACGGCUCAUGGUGGGUGCCCACAGGGUGGGGGUGCCACGGACCCCCUCCCCAGCUCCCCAUGCCCAGCAUUAGCUACUCCCACCAUGGGAAAAUGGACUGUGGCUGGAAAUUGCUUUGCUAUUGAAGCAAAAACGUUUGUUUUGUUGGUUUUGGUUUUUUUUUUAAUGAAGUCCCAUGUGUUUCCAGUUAGUUUAGGAACCUCCCCCCCACCAGCAGCUCCUGCCCGACAGUAAAGGCCCAUUUUUCACCCCCCGACAGCUCUGCAGAGUGGAGAGGGUGGGGUUUAAAAGCAAACCCCAAACCCAAAGGCCACAGCCCUCCCCAUCUGCAGCCGUGGAUGUGGCAGGGGAAGGAGGGAGCAGGGCCGGUCCUGCCCCUCAGAGCACAAAGAUGAGAACCACGAGAUGCCACAACAACUCUUUGGACAGACCUUGAAGUGGGGAUGACCCAACAUCUGCUUCCAGGAGGGAACACAGGGAUACAGCUCUGACUGCAGGCUCGGCGCUGGGGAGUGGGGCUGGUCCAGGUCCCACCUGGGCUGGGAUUUGGUGUCCCCAGCCUGGGAGUGCCUUGCCAUUGGAAGGACAUCCUCUGAAGCCGUGGGGUGUCCGUGGGGCUGGAGAUGGAGCAGGCACUGGUGUGAUGGAGUGGGCAGUACCUCUGGCUUCCUGUGGUCUCCUUCAAACCCCCACUCUCAGCAUUCGAAGUGAAUGAAUCUUUAAAGUGUUACAGAUUAAGUCCAUUUAAGCUCUUUAUUGUUGCCUUUGGCUGUGUGAGUGAAGGUGACUCAGCGGAGCUGCAGUGCUCACAGGUAGCAGAGCUGCAGUUACCAGGGCAGGGGCUGGGGCUGUCCCACUCCCUCCCACACUCCAGCAGCAAUCCCAGCCCCGCUGUGGGGACUACAAAGCCACUUUUCCCAGCUGAAAGCAAAUGGCAGCGAACACCUGGCCGUGGAUGAAGUGUGAACACAGAGCUGUGGCUGUGCCCUGCCUCACUCCAGUCCUCCUGUGAUUAAAAACCCUUGGGUGGUCAGUGUGCUACAGAUGUGGGAGUGGCUCUGCACGGAUUUCCUAAGGCAUUUCCAAAUUAUGGAGCGAAAAGGUGCCUUAUACCAUUCUCUGCUCUCCUCAGCAGCGGGCUGGGGCUCAGCACGGGCUGGUUGGCUUCCCUGGGGAGCAGCUGGUGCCUGUGACCCUUUGCUGCUGGCAGGAGAGUGUGGAGAGCCUCAGGGGUGAAGGAGAUGAGUUCUCUUUGUGAAAGUUAUCUUUUAGGAUUGUUGAUGGGCUGAACAGGUUGAAAAUAAUGACUUUGGAGAGGAACUAGUGCAGGUGUUCGGCUGUGGGUGAUGAGACAGGCAGUGGGAUGAUGGGGGAUGUGGAGAAGUUGCCUCCGCUUGGGGCUCUGCCAUUAACAAGACACCUCUUCCCCAUCCCACUUCAAAUGACCUGCUCUCCUUUUGGCCCCCAAAAUACUAUCUUCUCUCUCUGGGUAAUGUUUGGAAGGAGCUCCUCUUUUCCAUGGUGUGCACGUUGCUUCCUGUGCCCGCGUUGCCAAACCCCGGCAGCGCCCGGGCUGCGCGGGGCAGAGCGUUCCCAGGACACUCUGAUGCACGUCAGAGAGCACAGACCUGGUGUAAACACCCCACUUCUCAUCCAAGACUGCUGUAGUUGAGGGGGGGAAGAAAAAAACCUUGUGUAGUUUUGAAUGUAGAUCAAAAGAAAUCAGGUGUGCGAAUCCGUACUGAUAAAAUUGAAAAUCUUAAUCUCUUAGUCCAUGGAAACUGCUCCCGGUUGAAGCAUUACUGCAUUCCUGACAUCUUGUAGCUCAGUAGUAAUUAUUCCAUUCUUGUACAUUUAACUUGGAAAAGAAAAAUCAAUAAAGUCUAAGGCUGUCAGCAGCAUUGCAAACCCACCAUGUACACUGUAUUGUCAGUAAUAAACUUGGUUUGCCAUGUA